AUAAUCUCGGCAAUCUCCUACCUUUGCUGUCAUUCCGCCUUCGCUCCGCUAUCACUAAUCAACCAUACUUCUCCGCUGAAAGAGGUGAAAAUCGUAACAAGACCUACCUUUGCGCCCACCUCCGCACCCGCCGCUAUGACUAGUGCUGCGGCCAUCGUGGUUCCGGCUGCCACCAGACACACUGCCACGUAUUUGCCUCCCCCCUCCUCUAGUCUUCCAAUCGUUAUUCCAAUGUCUCAUUUCUAUCGUCUUAUAGAUUUAUCUUUCUUCAUGGCCUUGGGGACAGCGGUGCCGGAUGGUAUGUUUUUUUUUGGCUCUUUCUGCCCCUUGCAGUGGAUCACCGCUAUAUUUAUCCACGAAACCUCAUUCGAUACAUGGGUCGGUAGUUUCUAAGAAGCUAUUGUGUCUAGGUCUUCCGUGUCCGAGAAUUUUCGUCUCCGGAGGAAAUUUGAUGAAUGCUGUUUCAUUUUUCCGCACGCCCCGAUGAUUCCGGUUACCCUAGUGAGUUUUUACCCCCCCAAUUGACCCUAUGCGGUCCAGCCCUGCAAGAUAGAAUGUAGCAGGCCAACAAGCUGACUCUUCGUUAGAACAUGGGUAUGAGAAUGCCUGGCUGGUUUAAUAUUGUUAGUGCCUCUAAUCUCGCCAACAGAUCGUCAGACCUUUUGAACGAGUGAUACCUAAUGAUCUUCAAGGUCUCUCUCACAGAUAUUCAGGCUGCUGAAGACGAAGCUGGGAUACUGGGGAGUUCUGGGAAGAUUCAGGCAAUCAUCCAAGAGCAGAUUGAUAAAGGAAUUUCCAGUGAACGGAUUAUUCUUGGUGGAUUCUCGCAAGGCGGUGCACUUGCUCUUGUGGUAUCCGCGUCACCCACAGCCCUCAUUUAAGAUCAAUACCAACUCCUGAUGUGUCAAUAGGCUGGUCUUACUUCCAAGCACAAGCUCGGCGGCAUUGUUGGACUCUCCACUUGGCUCCCUUUGAACCAGAAGAUUGAGUCCCUGGCCUCUGAGGAGAACAAAGAGACCGACAUCUUCCAAGCUCAUGGGGAGAUAGACAGAGUGGUUCAAUACCGCUGGGGAGAGAGAACUAGGGAGAUUUUGCGGGACAGGUUGGGCCACAAUGUGGAAUGGCACUCAUACCCCCGGCUUGAUCAUAGCGCAGAUCCCCAGGAGAUUGCGGAUAUGGAAAUGUGGUUGCACACAAAGUUACCACCUACAAGCUCAUAAAAGAAUGCUUGGGAGGGGGUUCCGCUAGAUUUUAAAGUUAUUUUAUAUCUCUGGUUAUGGCACUAGAUAUCAAGGGCUAAAGAGAAAUACACUAUCUGGGUGCAGUACCAAUACCGUGAUGACCUCAAAGUUGAGCGCACAGUUUUCACGUGACUAUAGUAACGGUAGGGACUUAAAACUCAUUGGUUAUUUGGAGGCGAAGACGGGAAAAAGGGCAAUAAUAAGUUGCAAUACGCGGAAACCUGGUAGCACCCUCCAAACAUCGAAAAGGGGAAAAAGAGAGGAGGCGAAAAAGAAGAGCAAUGACACAGUUAAAAACCCCAAAUCACCAUCAUGAUCCCCAUUCUGUAGAAAUCCCCACUUUUCCCGCCUCUAUCUGUUUAUUUAUUCAACUCCUGAGCUCUAGCGUGUAGCUCCUCGCGGCUGACCUUCUCCCCAAGGGCAGAGGUGUCCUCCGGUACGACGGGGCCAGGCGUAGCCUGGAACUGCUCAGCUUCGGGCUUAUCAUCAUCAUCCUUGUCCCUCCCCUCCUUAUCAAAAACACCGGUCUUGAUCGUCUCCUCCGAGGGGAUAACCGGGUUCACGGUGUUGGCGUUGAGAGCGGAUGUGUCUUUCGAGUUGAUACCGGGGACGACGAGAGGCAUUUUAGCUAUCGUAGUCUAUAUUGUGAA